UAAAGUACAUGGUCUACCUCAAUUCAGCGGUCGGUCAAUCUCACAUCGACACUGUAUUCGACGAUACUCUGCAGAGGUCUCCGCCAAAAUGCCCGUGAUUUACGUCGACACAAGUUUGCGGGACGGUGCAGUACCGUCCGAUUUCGAGACAAAGUUUACAAAGGUGAUAUCCGACGUUCUGAAUAAACCGAUCGAGAGAAUUUCGAUUAUUCUGAAGACUGGUCAGCGGAUUUGUAAAGGUGGCGAUAGGUCAGAGCCAACGUGUGUUAUAAAGAUGCACGCAAUAGGUGUGUUCGGGGAAGACAAGAACGCCGGCUACUCCAAGGAAUUCUUAACAUUUCUCACUAAGGAGCUCAAACUUGAAGCCAACAAAAUAACCAUAUUAUACUUUCCCCUUGAAGGCUACAUGACCAGCGGGUCCGUCAAGUUUCCAUAACAACAACAACACCAAGCCUCAUAAACCCAGUGAUCACAGCAGAGGUGCGAUUUAGGUCAUUUUGUUCGAGCUGUUGUGCACAGACGGCAUGAAGCAGCAAUCCAAAUAACACAUGUGUAGCCUUCGAUCUUUAUAUUAUUCAAUGAUGGAUGUUGAAAUUUACGAAAAUUCAGUUAUUAUGCAAUGGAAAUAUGUCAUUGAUAUUAUUGCUCCGAUAUUCUUAGUAUUCAGUAUUUGUAACUUAAUGUCUGAGUGUGGAAUUGCUUGUUAUUACAUAGGCAUUAAAGCAGUCCACUUUA